AACCAAUAACCAGACAUGUAACAACACUCCUUUAAAACUCACUUAUAAAAACCCAUACCAUAUCCGAAACUCUCCUCACCCCUUCCCUUCCAUUCUCUAUCUUCAAACCAUUUCCUUCUCGCCACCCCAACUAAACGCAUGACUCGCAUCAAGGAAUUCUUCGCCGGAAUGUCAGAUUCCGGCAAGCACAUUUCCAUCUCCAAGAGACACAAGAAACUCUUCUUAGCUCUCUUCGCAUCCGUCCUCCUCGUCGCUGCCGUCAUCGGCAUCGUCGUCGGAGUAAAGUCAAACAAGGAAAACUCCGACAGUAUCGCAGACCUCAAAGCCUCUCCAGCUCACGCCAUUGUCAAAUCCUCAUGUAGUUCCACGCGUUACCCUGAGUUAUGCUUCUCCGCCAUCGCCACCGCCCCGGUCGGGACCACCAAGAAAGUGUCGUCCUUGAAGGACGUCAUCCUGGUGUCGCUCAACCUCACCAUCACCGUCGUGGAGCACAAUUUCUUCAGAAUCGAGAAGAUCAUAUCUAUGAAGAACCUCACGAAGCGCGAAAAGACCGCGCUUCAUGAUUGUCUCGAGACAAUUAGUGAAACGCUAGACGAGCUUCACGAGGCCAUUGUCGAUCUCAUUGAGUAUCCGAAAAAGAAAUCGCUGUCGUCGGCUGCCGACGACCUCAAAACGCUGCUGAGCUCCGCCAUGACCAACCAGGAAACGUGCCUCGACGGGUUCUCGCACGACGACGCAGACAAGCACGUGCGGGAGGCGUUGGAGGACGGAGAGGUUCUGGUGGAGAAGAUGUGUAGUAACUCAUUGGCUAUGAUCAAGAAUUUGACGGAUACGGACAUGGCUAUUGAAAUGUCCAAAAUGGGUAGGAAAAUGACAGACAUUACUGCAGAUAACGAUGUUGAGGAUAGUAAGUGGCCGAAGUGGUUGUCGGCCGUGGAUAGGAGGCUGCUGCAGUCUUCCACGGUGACACCAAACGUGGUGGUGGCGGCCGAUGGUAGUGGGGAUUAUAAGACAGUGGCGGCGGCAGUGGCGGCGGCACCGUCGGGGAGUAAGACUAGAUAUAUUAUUAGGAUUAAGGCAGGGGUAUAUAGGGAAAAUGUGGAUGUGCCAAAGGGGAAGACUAAUAUAAUGUUUCUGGGUGAUGGGAGGACAAGUACCAUAAUUACAGCAAGUAGGAAUGUGGUUGAUGGCAGCACAACCUUCAAUUCUGCCACCGUUGCCGCGGUAGGUGCAGGAUUCUUGGCGCGGGACAUAACCUUCCAAAACACUGCUGGUCCGUCGAAGCACCAGGCCGUGGCGCUACGUGUCGGCUCUGACCUCUCGGCUUUUUACAAGUGUGAUAUGCUAGCAUACCAAGACACCCUCUACGUCCACUCCAAUCGGCAAUUUUACAUAAACUGCUACAUAGCUGGUACAGUUGAUUUUAUUUUUGGCAAUGCGGCCGCAGUGUUACAAGAUUGUGACAUCCAUGCACGAAAACCGAAUUCCGGUCAAAGGAACAUGCUCACAGCUCAAGGACGGACUGACCCUAACCAAAACACCGGCAUUGUGAUUCAGAAAUGUCGGAUAGGUGCAACAUCGGACCUACUUCCUGUCCAGAGCAGCUUCCCGACCUACUUUGGGAGGCCGUGGAAGGAAUAUUCAAGGACUGUAAUAAUGCAGUCAGCGGUGAGUAAUGUGAUCAACCCAGCCGGGUGGUACAUGUGGAGUGGGACAUUUGCCCUAGACACAUUGUAUUACGGGGAAUAUGCGAACACCGGAGCCGGGGCUUCGACCUCCGGGAGGGUGACAUGGAAGGGUUUCAGGGUGAUUACUAGUUCAAGUGAGGCCGCAGGGUUCACUCCUGGUAGUUUCAUUGGUGGUGGUAGCUGGUUGAGAGCUACUGGCUUCCCAUUCUCUCUAGGACUUUGAAGCUAGCUAGCUUUUAGUCUUUAGUGGUACUGCAGUUUGUUUUAUUCAAACAUUUGUGGAGUGCUUUGUGCGGCAACAUUGUAUCAUCCUGCGAAAGUGGUUAAGUUUAUUGAAUAAAGCAUGUGAGGGAUUUCUUAUUA